AUGCCCCUUGGUCUUCGCAAACCUCCCACUUCUCUUAUACAUCUUUCGUUCUCUACAGGUUUCGUCACAGUUUUGGUAGCCGCUGCUGCUGCACCACAACCACAUCCACCACCCGCGUCGCUCGAGGUGGAAAGGAGGAAUAGCAACCCCCUCGGCAUCGACUUGAGUCCUGCUCCUCCGCCUGACGAAGGUCCCGCGGGAGCAAAGUACGCUCUUCGAGAUCCAGCAUACCUCCCGGCUCAGAUCGGCGGCAUUGUCGGAUCGUACGCUUUCUCGCUGGUGCUGGUCGCCAUCAUCCUACUGAGCUUAUCCAAGAGGCGGCGAGAACAUCUCCGAGCAGGAGAGAACAUUGGUUCCUGGGAGGAUUCAAACGUUGCACCAAAUUUCUCCGAGCAAUUCUCUGCCUUCAAGUCACAAGACGGCUUCCAGUGCAAAGAAGGGGAGUACCCGACGCAGCAAAGCUUCCAGGAGUUGCCAAAGAUCCAUACUCAGGAUCACGUCCAAGGCCACGUCCGCAACUUCUCUCUGCCCUCGCCAACCUCGGCAAAUUUCUCGACAGCAACGCGGGAGCAAAACCCUUACGUCCUCCCAUCACCAGACGGCAGUCUUCGUGGACAACCAGGCGUAGACCCACACGUCAACCAGAGCGUCGUCCAACAAGACAGAGCCAUGGCGCAGGCACAGUUAGAAGACAUGUACAAGUACGUGAUGGAGCAGGAGGCGGCCAAAGAAGCGGGAGUGGAGUUCAGAGGCCCCACUUUCCCAGCCGCAGGGCAGCAGCAAGAGCAGCUUGCUUCUUCACAGGGCAUGCUUCAGAAGAAGGGAAGAAACAAGCCCGCAAACCUUAAUCUAAACGGCGAUGCCAAGUCGGAAAGGACGCAGUCCCGGACCUCCUCGAUCCUGUCGGCCCUCAAGUCCCCACUGGGGAAGAAAAAGGAGAAGGUCCAGGCCAUCAGCAUUUCCUCCCCGAUCAUGACACCCAUGACAGGCACGUUUCCCCCGCAGUACGCCGGCGAGGAGAUGAACGCUAUCCCGCCACGGCACUACGCACCGGCUGCACCGCCACCAGUCCCCGCGGGCAACGCAACAUUCAGCCAGCGACGGAACGUCCAGAUGGCUCCCCUCACGCCGCCGGAUGAUAUUUCGCCAGAGAGCACGCAGAGCAUCGACGAGCGGCUCCGCGCCAUGGCAGGCAGGGGCAAGGACAGGAACGCCCGGGACGAAUACAGCGAGGAUGAGGAAGAGGAAGAACGACAGGGGCAGGGUAACUACUACCACUCACGCCAGCAGUCGUCCGCAACAGAGGCGGACCCCAUCUCCGCCACUUCGGAGACGUCGACAACGCCACUGGUCAGGAACGAGCGGGCCCGCGACAACAGGUCCUCGGGACUUCCCACGAGCCCCAAGCCCGGGGUUAACCGCUUCCCUAGCUUGGGCUCGUUGCCGUCGUCCCCGAAGCCGGGCGCAACCUUCUCGCGGCCUAAUGCGCCCUCGGCGGUGCGUACGGGCGGUGCGCUGCCGCUGCGUGCAUACGAGCCGGCGUUGAUGUCGCCCAAUACGUACGACCGCACGGUCAAGCAGACUGUGUUCGAGAGGGCCGGCCCGCUGUCACCCGGGAUGGGCACAGCACGCACGCCCCACACCGGCGCGCCGGUGCCGUACUCGCCGUACCAGCCGUUCUCGCCCGUGGUACCCAUCACGCCCAGCCUGGUCACCAAGGCUGACAGGAAGAGGAUGAAGAGGAUGGAGCCCAAGACCCCUACGCUGGAGAUGGUCCAGAGCAGCGAGGACAUCUGGUGA